AUGAACGGGAAGACUGAGAUGGUGAAGCUGCUGGUUCAACUCGGAGCUGAUGUGGAGGCGAAGGACAAGGUUGGCGAGACCGCACUCCAUGUGGCCAUCAUGAAAAGGAACACUGAGACGGUGAAGCUGCUGGUUCAACUCGGCGCUAAUGUGGAGGCGAAGAACGAGUAUGGCGGGACCGCACUCCAUGUGGCCAGCAUGUGCGGAAACACUGAGAUGGUGAAGCUGCUGGUUCAACUCGGUGCUAAUGUGGAGGCGAAGAAAAAGGAUGGGACAACACCACUGGAUUGGGUACAUGACCAAGACCGCAGACGUUUCCUUAAGAACCUGGCCACAGAGGUUUCCUACCACAAACUGAUGAAACAAUCCGGUGGGGUGAAAGUCGACAGGUUUAAACUGUGCAUCUGUGGACCACAGGAAGCUGGCAAAUCUACACUGAAGGAAAGUCUGCAAACGGGACCUUUCACCGCCUUCUUCCGGGAUAGAAUGACACCAGACCAUCAGCCACACGAGCCCACCCCUGGUGUGAAUGUGGGAACAACCAACAUUCCCAGUGUGGGGGAGGUCAGUGUGUGGGACUUCGCCGGACAGUCGGAGUACGCGGUCACCCACAGCAUGUUCAUGAAUGCAGAAAACACAAUCUUUGUCGUGCUGUACAGCAUCAUGGAUGAUAUCCUUACACAAGAGAAAAAGGUCCACUGGUGGCUGUGUUUCAUCAAGUCCUGCAACACAAAGAGCAAACCUAACGUCAUCCUCUUGGCCAGUCAUGCGGACCAGACUGACACAGAAGGACAUCAAAAGGCAUCUUCCAUCCUUGAGCUGAUGACAUCAGAGUUUAAGGAUCAUCUGGACAUCUCAAAUGAAGUGUUCCUGCUUGACUGCAGAAAGACUCGUCAGACUGACAUGUGGCGUCUUAAAGACCUUCUGACAAGACUGAAGACCCAGCUUCUAACACACCAGCAAGCCGUGCCCAAACUGUGUGCUGAAAUCAUCAAGUGCCUACCCAAAUGGACCAAGGAGACGUGCAGCCCAAAGUGUCCCGUGUUCAGAUGGACAGAGUACAAGGAGGCUGUGAAGGAUAUUGACAGCCUGGCUGAAGAAGAUUUUCUGAAGGCGUCUUCGCAAUAUCUGAAUCAACUUGGAGAGAUCUUGUUGGUCUCCUCAACUGCUGAGCCCAUUGUAGUUCUGAAACCCAACUGGCUCUGCACGGAUGUCUUCGGCAAAGUGAUGGCACCAGCAAACUUCCCAAUCCAUCUGAGAAGACGUGAGGGCAUUGGUAUCGUCACGAAAGAAGAAAUCCAAAACGUGUUCAAAGAUGUCGCGGCGCAGAUUUCCGUUUCGUAA